UAAAAUGGAUAAUAUAGUACAAGUAUCGAUAAUAACAAACAAAUAGGUGGAAAGGUAUCGAUAUUUAACACGUACAUGAAAGACGCCGGCUGGUAGAAAAAAUAAAAUAUGUCCGCCUCGAUGAGCAGCAAGAGCACACUGGUGUCCUCCAUUAUCUCGGGACUCCUGAGCGUCGUCCUCUUCGCCACACUGCGAUUCUGCUCCGAAUGGUUCAACGACUCGCAGCUGAAGGUGCUUUUGGGCGGAUACCUCUUCUCCUGGCUGUUCAUUCUGAGCCUCACAUGCGUCUCCAACGCGGAGAUGAUCAUAUUUGGCCAAGACUUCCAGGCCAAGCUGCUGCCGGAGAUCCUCUUUUGCCUCUCACUCACGGUGGCCGCAGCGGGGAUCGUACAUCGCGUCUGCGCCACCACCAGUGUCCUGUUCUCCUUGGUGGGCCUCUACUUCCUGAACAGGAUCUCCACAAAGUACUACUCCAUCCAGGUGCCCACGGUGGAUGCAUCUGCGGCGAGGAAGGGCGGCAAGAAGUUCAAAUGAUCACGCUGAAUCUCUAGCCUGGACCAUAUGUGCUGACUAAAACAUUCGAAUAACUAUAAAACACAUUAAUAAAUAACACACUCUUAUAAUCUA